AUGGCGCGCAUUGACGAUGAGCUCGUUCAAUCUAUGGCUAUGGGAAAGGUCUUCAAAGACAAUACAGCGAGGAUCAAUUCACUGGAUUUUUACAAAACGGGAGAGCAUCUCGUAACGGCCAGUGACGACGAGUCCAUCCAUGUCUACAACGCGGUCUCGGGCAACGAGCUGUUGUCGCUCACGCGACGUCGCAGAACGACAAGGACCGUGCUGAGCAAGAAGUACGGGGUCGACCUCAUACGCUGGACCCACAACGAAAACACAGUCAUCUGCGCCUCCAAGAACUCGUGGGACGAGACCCUGCGGUAUCUCUCGCUGCACGACAAUCACUAUCUGCGAUACUUCAAGGGCCAUCGCGACAGGGUCACCUCCCUUGCCAUGUCGCCCGUGGACGACACAUUCCUCUCUGCCUCGUUGGACAGCACCGUGCGGCUGUGGGAUCUGCGCACGAAUGCGUGCCAGGGGCUGAUUCGACGGACUGGGCGGGCGAGCGUGGCCUACGACGCACAGGGUCUCAUCUUUGCCGUCGCCACAUCCAACAAUGCCGUCAAGCUUUACGAUCUGCGCUCAUUCGAAAAGGGUCCGUUUGCCACGUUCUUCGUGGACCAUCACACCGCGCUCCAAUGGUCCGGUAUCAAGUUCAGUAACGACGGCAAGUACAUCCUUCUACCCACCACCGACAGUCCGAUCUUCCUCAUCGACGCAUUCACGGGCAAGAAGAAACAAAUGUACACCGGCCGUUCGCCUUCCUCGACGUGGCACGUCGCGCGCUGGAAGCGACACGUCGGUUAUAUUCACCUUCUUCUUGUUCUGUCCCAGGUGGCGAAGAUGGCAACGUGCACGUAUGGAACACGGUGA